UACUUAACGUUUACUCCGUCGAUAUUCUAAACUGUAAUUUUAUAGACAACUUUGGAGGCGUGGGUAGUUCACACAUACAAAUUUUUCCAGGCAAUUUAACAAUGCGGAAUACCACCUUCCAUCAAACAGCAGAAUCUCAAGUGGUCUAUAAUGUGGGAGAAAAGUCCAAAGAUUUAGUGGCAUUUAAUGGAUUCUUGACAGUAAUACAAUCUAAAACCGUCAAAAUACGUAACAGCUCUUUUAUCUUGGAUCCUUUUAGUGCAGACAGCAAAGCCAUCGCUGUUGUUGAAGGAGCGGGAAAGGGUGUCUUGGACGGCUCAGUGCAAAUCGAUUCACCAAUCAACACCAAGCUUAACAUGCGAAGUCUUCAACAAAAAGAUAGUUAUCACGAAGGAGGGAGCAAAGAAUUGGUUUGGAUCAAUACCCAGCGGUGUCCAGUGGGAACUUACAGUAUCCGUAGAGAAAUACAAAGUGGCUACAAUGUCAAGCAACUCGUCAAUUGUCAUCCAUGCCCUGCGGGAGGCAACUGCUCGUCUUCUCUUGCUGCCCAGCCCAACUUUUGGGGUUAUCCAGUAAACAACGACACUGUUACCUUUCAGCUUUGUCCAGAUGGUUACUGCUGUUUGCCAACUGUUGAUAACAAAUGCUUUUACGACAACAAUAGCUAUCUGCUUUCCGGUUGCCAAGGAAACAGGACUGGCAUUCUUUGCGGACAAUGUAAACAGAAUUUCACGGAGGGUCUGUUCACAACAAAGUGUGUUCGAGUGAAAGACUGUACCCAAAGUUGGUAUUUGGUUGUUUUUUUCGCACUCACGCCAUCGUUUGCCUUGUAUCUCGUAAGAAAACCCCCAGUGUUUGAGGCAGUGGGAAAACAUUUAACUUGGUUCAUGCCAAGAUACAACGAGGAGAGCACAGUCGGAUUUAUCUUCUACUUCUAUCAAGUGGCUGGAGUCGUGACCGUUUCUUCAUAUGGUGUGAGAAAUCUGUUAAGACAUUGCUUAUUACUGCCAUUUGCAAAUCUCCUGGACUUUCAAAUAUAUGCCGAUAACAACUGGAAGAUCUGCCCUUGGCCAAUUUUCACACCAUUCUUAAAAACAAUGUUCCAAGUGGCGACAGUGGUGAUCAUUUUCUUCUCGAUCCCUGAUAUUUACCUUCUGCACAGCGCUCUAAACAAAUUACGUAAACGCAGGCCGAUUCUUCCAUCAGCUGGUCCUUACCUUGGAGCUGUCCUGGAAACAGUGUUGCUAGGAUAUUCAGCUGUGACUGGUACAACAGUAAAAUUACUUCACUGUGUAAAACAUUCAAGAAGUGUCCCGCUGGUAUUACGGUGCCCAAUUCAGUUGUUGGCACCAAUGGUGGCAACAAACUGCUUUCGUCGUCAUUGCCCUGUACUUGGUGCCGUUUAUAUUCACGUUGUAUUUUGCUCCGCUACAACUCUAUCAAGGCAAGAUUUCAGGAAAGAUAUUUCUACUGGCCUGUAUAUUACCUUUUAUCUCCUCUUUGUUUUCGUCAACUACGUUCAGAAAAAAAUGACCAAGAGACCAGACUAUCAAGCAAUCCCUUCACCUGCCAGCUCGGUUUGCGACGAAGAACAUGAUACGAAUUCUACCACAUGUAUUAAACAUUCACUUCUUGAAGUUCUAUGUGGUCCAUUUACAAAGCCACAAGAUGACCAAUCAAACGGAAGGAUCUACUGGGAGAGCAUUCUUAUUGGUGGUCGAUUCCUCAUAAUUGCGAUUGCCUGGUGGCAGUUGGAGCAUGCGCUCAUGCGUUCUGUGUGUCUGACAAUCCUUUGCCUCGUUUUCCUGUUGCAUCAUAUAUCCCAGAGACCCUUUGCCCAGUCUCGCGUAAACGUCAUCGAAACCGUCUCUUUGUCAACCUUGGUCGCUAUUGGAGUACUAAACGUUGGCCUUGCAUCGUCAGGAAGUGACGUCAGCGGUAUUAAUGAACCGUAUGUCUCCAUUCUCUUGACGUCAGAAGCAGUAUUACUGGGUGUUAUACCUAUUCUUUUCGCCUUUCUCCUAACCGUGUCCCUAGUUUCGCAAAUUGUACGGUUGGUGAUCAUGUUAUUGAAAGCAAUUCGAGCAGGAUGGUUAAUUUUUAAACGAAAAUGUGACACAUAGUUGUCCGCCCAGGAUGGAGGUGAGUGUUCACUUCUUUCUGCGUGAUCGUAUUAGAACUUUAAAUAAGCAACUUUGAGAUUUUGAGAUUUAUCCGAUGAGGGUGAAAGUACCUAUGUGGCAGUGCUUCGAAAGGCGUAUCUAAAUAUAUUGCGUGACUGUCUUGUACUUUAGAUCAUAAGGUAUCGCAAUUUUGAUGAUCUUUUCAUUUUGCAUACAUGUACUAGAUUCGCUAUGUUAUAGAAUCGUCGUU